UCCACGUUCUCUUGGGGAAGGGUUGAAAUUUGAUUUGAGCUGAGAUAUGGCUACCCGAUACAAUAAGCUGGGUAUUAGUCGCGCAGGACUCAUUCUCCUGGUAACUGCAGCGUCCCUCUUGACAGGUUGUAUGGGCAGGCCCAGCAAGGCCAACAGGCCCAACACCAUCGUCGUGGGCGGGUCCCAAGGUUGGCGUUUCGGCUUCAACUACACAGACUGGGCCUUUGAAAAUGGUCCCUUCUACCUAAACGAUACUUUAGUGUUCAAGUACGAUGCUCCCAACAGCACCACCUUCCCUCAUAGCGUCUACUUGCUACCAGACUUCUGGAGCUUUCUGAGAUGUGAUUUGAGGAGAGCGAAGCAGGUAGGGAAUGCUAUUGCCGGCGGUGGAGACGGCUUUCGGUUCGUGCUCAACAGGUGGCAGCCUUACUUCUUCGCUUGUGGAGAGCGCAAUGGGUUCCAUUGCAAGGCGGGGCUGAUGAAGUUCGUGGUCUUGCCGUUUCCUCGUUGCCAUGGUUGACGGAACGGGAACGUCCAGGGAAGAAGCAGUGCCGUGCCGUUUACCCCAUGAUUUCCAAUAUUACUUUUCUGGCUAGUUUUGACUUUUUGACUUUUGCGAGGAAAUAAAGUAAUAAUGCUAUAUCUAAAUAGAUCAAUUAAUAAAUGUGUGUGCGGCUUCGGUGUUA